GUCUGGACAGCUGUUCGAGAUCCAGUGGCGCCACGGCGAGAGCCGGCAGGCGCGAGAGGCACCGACCCCGUGCACAGCCGAGGAGUACACGGCAGCGACGGGUCAGGAUCCGAGCGAGAACGCCGAGUCGGACGACCGCCUCUGGCACAUGGUGACACCAGACGGCGACGUGUACCCUCAUGAGUUGACGGACCAGGCUCUUCGCAUCGUGCUGGGCGACAUGACCAAUCGUCGGCAGCUACCGAACCGCGACGGAGCGAAUCUAGCGGGGCUCGGCGUCUACGGGCAGGACUGGAACAUGACACCCACCGAGCUAUGCCUCCAGAUGCGGUCCGCCAUGGGACGCUCGCUCGACGAAGUGGUCGCCCGUGAUCUGAUCGUCCCGCCGCCAGCAGCAGAGCCCGAGGAAGGAGUGCCAGCCCUUGGCCCAGGUCCCCCGCGUAUCGGCUCGGGUUCGGAUUUGCUGAAUAUUUCGAGUGGGUGGGCUGUGGGCCGAGGCAGGCUACCAGAUGCGAGUCUUUCGGAGAAGGGCUGCCUAGCCUCGAGCGACGGAGACGACGAGGGCCCUCUCGGUGACCUGGAGCUCGAGACCUUCGUGAUCACUGCAGGGUUCGAGAUCGGUCGGCUUGCUGGGCGCAGCCUCCUCCUUCGAGCUCCGCCGCGCGACGGCGGCGACGAGCUCGGCGUGCGGGUGUUUGCGCUGCGGAUCUCCCCACAAGAGCGGUUCUUGGGCAUGAGGGAGGCCGUCGCCGAGCUCACCGAGAGCCCUUGGGAGUUCUCCCCCGUCAGCGGCCCUCGGGCGGAGACUGGGCUGUCGAGCAGCGACCAGGACGUCUCGGUCCACGAGCUGUGCUGUCGGUCUAUGCAUCUCCUGCUGACGUUCGCUCAACCAAACGCCAGCAGUGGAGGAGGUGAUCACCAGAGCCGCCGCGUUGGCAUGCAGAGCGCGGUGGAUCGUCAGAAGUCGGAGAUUGACACGUUGACGAAGCAGCUGGCUACCGCCCCGAAGGGCGACGCGAAGGGUCGCGGCCGCGGUGGCGCUGCCGGCGGUGAGCUCGCCGUCGACUUGUGGACCUGUGAGGUCGUUGAUGCCCUCAACUUCUUGAAUGGGCGCGUGGGUGGCGAUGGCUUUGGGAAGCUGUCGGCGGCGCAGCUCGCUGGUGUCGGCUCGCUGCGCGAUCACAUCGCGGCGUUCGGCGCGCCUGACAUCAGCCCCACGGCGGCCAACAGGGAGCCGCGUGGGUGUUUUCCUGGGUAUGACAUGAGCCUAGCGAAAUCAGUUCUGUUCACCGAAGGGGGCGUUGCUGCGCCGUCGGGUUCGAGAAAGUGCGACCCCGCCGACUUGUUUUCGGAGUCAGUGCGCGACUUCUGGCAGGACUGGGAUAAGCAUGUCUUGCGCCCUCGUCAUGGGUGGCUUGCCAAUGUACCUCCCCACUUCGACGCCAAGCUGAAGGUUUCCACGAGCCUGUGCGCCGGUUAUUUGCAUGACUUGUUCGAGGCUGGCAUGAUCUACUUGACCUCGGAGCGGAAGCGCGCGCUCGCGCCGUUCUCCGCGGCCAAGCGCGACGGGAGCGGCAAGCGGCGGAUGGCCCUGGACACGCGCAGGGUGAACCGUAUGUUCUACGACCCCGACGUCGCCGAGUUGCCGACGGCAGGGCGCUGGCAGAGUCUCCGACUCGAUGCCGAGAGCAGCCUGUACCUCGAACGAUGUGACAUCGAGGCCGCGUUCAAUCGGUCCGUUGGCUUCGGCGCCGCCAAGCUCGUGCACGACAGGAAGGUGAUCCCCGACCUGGCGAACUGUCCUGCGGCAGCUGCUUACGUCGACGGGGUUGCGGCGAUCGGCACCCAGCAUGACGAGGUCGUCGAUCAGCUGCGCGGCAUCUACGGGGCCUUCAACGACAGCGGUCUGAAGUGCAAGGAGAUGGAGCUGCCGAGCCAGGAGCAGAAGCUCACGGGCUUGGUCUUUGACCGCGACCUGGGGCGCGCAUCCUCGGGGCGCUCGCGGAUGUGGAAGAUCCGCCAGGCGUUGCUCUGCCAGGCGUUGCAGCCGUACGCGUCGGGCCCCGACCUCUCCAGCCUCGUCGGCCACUUCAACUGGGCUGCUCUAUCGCGUCGGCCCCUCUUGUGCAUCUUCCAGAGCGCGUAUCGUUUCAUCCAGAAGGCGGGUGACAGCCGCUGGAGACUGUGGCCAAAUGUUGUUCGAGAACUUCGAGUGGCGGUGGCGCCGGUACCCUUUGCCUACUACGACGCCAAAAGGCCCGUCGACACGAUGGUCUACCCCACCGACGCCAGCACGGGCGACCUCGACCCGAAGGGCAGAUUGUUCGGCGGCCACGGGGUCACCAAGCGCGAGGUCGAGACCACCACCGUGAUCGAGACCGCUCGAGUGCCGGAGCGCAUGAGGUAUCAGGUCGCGGGGGCUAUCAACGAUCCGGACCUCGCCUUCGCCAGCCGCGGCGUCCCCGCAGAGGAGCAGGCGUCGUUUGCCACCGUCAGCUCCGAGCUCGUCUUCCCGAUGGAGCCCAGGGGGAACGUGACCUUCGGCCGCUGGAGCCGCGAGGAGAACAUCCUGAGGCUGGAAGGGCGCGCGCCGUCGUUGGGUAUCCGCCGCAAGAUGCGAACUUGCAGCUACAAUAUCGUGAAUGACUUUGCCGUAGCGGUGCGAUGGCACAUCCGGCAAAGGCUCCCGUACCGCGACAGGCGCGACGACUACGACCACCCCGUCAACCUCCUGCGGCGGCGGCGGCGCGACCUCUGCGAGCCCGACGUCCAGGCCGCAGCCGAUAUGUCGACCUCGGUGAGCUCGGGCGGCUCUGAAGACAGUCAGGCAGCAGGCCGCGUGGAGCUGGCGCGCCAGAAGGCCAAUCGGGCGAAGCUGAGGGCCGCGAAGUUCGGCGGCAUCACCUGCGACCCUCGGUCUGGGCUGACCUUCUUGCAGAGGCGCCAGAUGCGCGGCGCCAAGAUCAGCAGCUUAGACAAGCACGUGGCCAGUUUCCUCGAGUGGGCCGAGGCGCUGUCGCUGGAGGUUAUCACGGCGGACUGCCUGGACGCCCUCCUGGCGGGCUACUUGGACAAGCUAUUCUGGGGCGGCGAGCUGGCGGAGACUGGGUCGCGGCUGCUGGCGCGCGCGCAGCACAGGCUGCCGCGCGUGCCGAGGCCACAGCACGGAGGCCUGCCCUUGGCGCGGGCCGCGCUAUCAGGCUUUCGGGUGCACUCCAGGAGCACCCCGAUGAUGCCCGUCGGCAAGCCGAUCGUGUCGGGCACGAUCGGGGCCGCCGCGCUGGAGGACGACUUCGAGUGGGCAGGGGCUCUGGCGUUAGCCUGGGACGGCAUGAUCCGCCUGCUGAGCGACCUCGUCAGCACGGCGACCGAGACGCCGGUGGUACCGGGCCGCGGCGCUGCGCCGCUCUGGGCGCUGUUGCUGCACCUCAUCGAGGGUUCGACGCGCGGCAAGACGCCCGCGCAGGGCGAGGGCGCGAUGCUGCAGGGCGCGGCUUGGCGUGGCGGCGGCGGCAGCUUCCUGCGGCAACUCCGCGCUGCGCGACGCGCUGGCGCGCGCCUGUGGUCAUUCAGCGCGGCCCAGUUCGUGACGGAGUUCCGUCGGCGGCUGGCGAUGGUGCCGGGCGCGCCCGACAUGAGUCCGCACCAGCCGCGGCACUCCGCGGCGUCACACGCGGCCGCCGUCGAGGGCAUGGGCCUCCAGGAGCUGCAGACGCACUUGCGCCGCACCAGCGCGCAGAGCACCACGCGGUGCUCACGCCACGCCCGAUACCUUGCGGUGCUCGAGAAGGUCGACGAGCGCGCGGUGGUCUGGCCCAAGUUGGUGGAGGCUGACAUCGCGUCGAUCCUUGGGGAGCAGAGGCGGCCGCCGCUGCCAAGCUUCCUGCAGGGGAAGCCGCUGCUGUCGAAGCUGCCUGCGCG